CUCUUUACUUUGGAGAAAAAUCUAAAUUAAUAAGAAAUUCUCUCAUAAAUGCUGUUUAUUGUUGUUAGCAGGCUACAGAAUCAAGAAAGAGCUCUGAAAAUGGGUGCCAUUCUUUACCUAGACACCAUUUUAGUUCCUAUGAGUCUCUUCAUUACAAUAGGCUACCAUGCAUAUCUUUGGCAUAACUUGAAGCACAAACCAGCCCUAACAUCCAUUGGUAUGAACUCAUUGAAAAGAAGAGCGUGGUUGAAAGAACUAAAUCAGGGAGACGAUAAAAAGGGCAUGUUAGCUGUCCAAAGCUUGAGAAACACAUUGAUGGCCACUAUUCUUACAGCUUCAAUCACAGUUAUUAUCACAAUCUCCUUAGCAGCUCUCACAAACAACGUGUUGAAAGCUAACAAUCUCUUUAGCAGUAACUUUUUCGGGUCCAAAUCAGGUAGGAUUCUCGUGCUAAAGUUUGGCUCAUCUUCAAUCUUUCUGUUGGCAAGUUUCUUGUGUAGCUCUAUUGCACUGGGCUGUUUGGUGGAUGCCAAUUACUUGAUAAAUGCAAUAGGGGAAUUCUCACCAGCUCCUGGAUACACAGAGACAAUAUUGGAACGAGGUUUUGCAUUGGCUGUGGUGGGAAAUAGGGUUCUUUGCAUCAGUAUCCCAUUGUUGUUGUGGUUGUUUGGCCCUGUGCCCGUGGCUUUGUCCUCCAUGGGACUUGUUUGGGGACUCUAUGAGCUUGAUUUUGUCGGAAAAAUCUCAAGUCUCACCGACUAAAUCAUGUAUUGAACAAUCCUGACUGGUUUGGCAAUGAUAAAUCCUAUAAUAUUGAGAAAGAAAAUGAAACACGACUAUUGUUUAUUGUAGUGUUCAAUCUUAUCUGAGAACUGCAUAUAUAGUAAACAUGCCUUCACUUCAAGUUAAGAAAACAUAUUUCUUUGACAAUUUCUUACAGAAUCAUGUAAAUUUUGUGAUUAUAUCUACAAUUUAGUGAUGUAUUUGUAAAAUUUUUACAACUUGAACCCCACCAUCAGUGCACUGACUACAUAGUGGGUCGAGUUGCCAACUUGCCGUUUGCAGAAUAUAUCCAAUUAAACAAA